UAUAUAAUAUGUAUGGAAGUUGCCUGAUGCUUCCAUAACAAUAUCUAUUUUAUAGUUUUAUUUUGUUAUAAAAGUAAUUCAAAAUAACAUUUGAAAAAUUAUUCUUUUGGUACCAUGCACUGAUAUACUAUAUAUUUUAUAAUAGGCCUGUUGAUUGUUCAUUUUGAUAAGAGUUAAAUAAUUGAUAUUUGAUGUCUGAAUGUCUGAUGCAAUCAGUAAUAGCAAUAACUGCCAAUAAGCUAGUAAAAUUCUAUUUUAUAUUAUUUUAAAUCUGUGGCCUUGUCACUGUUUUUGUAUGACAAUUUUUAUUUAGUUUUAUAAGUUUAUACAAUCCUACUUUUAGUGUUAAAGUACCCUUUCGACUCCAAACAUUAGUCAAACACUAUGGCAGAUACUGUGGGAAAGGUAAUUAAAUGUAAGGCAGCCGUUGCUUGGGAGGCAAAGAAACCUUUAACACUUGAAGAUAUUGAAGUAGCUCCACCAAAGGAAAAUGAAGUUAGAGUAAAAAUUCUUGCCACAGCUAUAUGUCAUACUGAUGCAUACACCAUGGAUGGUAAUGAUCCUGAAGGAAAUUUUCCUUGUAUUUUGGGUCACGAAGGAGCAGGAAUUGUUGAAAGUGUUGGCCCAAAUGUUAAAGAAUUCCAACCAGGAGAUCAUGUUAUUCCUUUAUACAUUCCACAGUGUGGAGAUUGUAAAUUUUGUUUGUCUCCAAAAACAAACGUUUGUAGUAAAAUUAGACUUACUCAAGGCCAAGGUAAAAUGCCCGAUAAUACUUCUCGUUUUACUUGCAAGGGAAAAUCCCUGUACCAUUUUAUGGGAUGUUCAACUUUUAGUGAAUAUACUGUGGUAGCAGAUAUUUCAUUAUGCAAGGUAGAUUCUGCUGCAUCUUUUGAUAAAAUUUGCCUUUUGGGAUGUGGUGUUUCAACUGGAUUUGGAGCAGCUCUUAACACUGCAAAGGUCGAACCAGAUUCAACAUGUGCAAUUUUUGGCUUAGGAGCUGUUGGUUUGGCAGUGAUUAUGGGUUGUAAAGCUGCUGGUGCAAAGAAAAUCAUUGGUGUAGAUAUAAAUGAGAGCAAAUUUGAAUUAGCUAAAUUAUUUGGUGCUACUGAUUUUGUAAAUCCAUUGAAGUAUGAAAAACCUAUACAAGAUGUUCUUAUUGAGAUGACUGAUGGUGGACUUGAUUAUACAUUUGAAUGUAUUGGAAAUGUCAAAACAAUGAGAGCUGCAUUAGAAGCUUGUCAUAAAGGUUGGGGUGUGUCUGUAAUUAUUGGAGUGGCUGCUGCUGGUCAAGAAAUUUCUACUAGACCUUUUCAACUUGUUACUGGACGUACAUGGAAAGGAACUGCAUUUGGAGGAUGGAAAAGUAAAGAAAGUAUUCCUGAAUUAGUUUUAAAAUACUUGGAUAAUAAUCUCAUGUUAGACGAGUUUAUAAGCCAUAAACUCCCAUUUGAAUCUAUUAAUGAAGGAUUUGAAUUACUCCACUCAGGAAAAAGUUGUAGUCAACACCAUCAACGUUUUUUAACUGUAAAAUGAAAAGAACACUUUGUGACGAAGAUAAUGACCAAGAACGCAAGGAUUCUUUAUUAGAUUUGCAUCACCAGUCUGAUGAAUGUGAAAACGAA